AUGGCCGCCGAGAAGGCAGGUGAUUUUUGUGAAGAAACAGAAAAAUUAUAUGAUCUUUUGGAAACAUAUCGCUCUCGCCCUUCACUCCCGGGACGAGAUUGGGCACGGGACCAUUGGUUCCAACUGCAAGGUUUCGUAGACCGAAUAGUGGUCUUGCAUAAAGAAGCUAGACUUAGAAAGGGAAAAGGGAAAGCUACCAUUUGUGCUGUGCUAGGAGCGUGCUUGGUGGCUGCAGUAGAGGACAGGAGGCAGGCGCCCGGCCAAGCGGAGGCAGUGGUGGCCUUGAUACAAGCAGCACUAGCGCCGCUGCAGGAACAAUUACUAGAAACCAAGCGGGCGCUAGAGGAAGAAAAGUGCCAAAAUUUAAUAUUGAAAGAGGAGCUAAGAGUUCAGCUCCUGAGGGAGGCAGACACCCUCACCGAGACAAAGGUGAUGCCGGAGGGAAAAGGGCUACGCCCAAUUUACCCUCAGGAGGACUUAAAAAGAUUAAAAGACGUCAUAGAGACCCCCCCCCACAUAUGCUCACUGGUAAAAACAGACUACAUAUAUGAGGAUGAUAGCGACAACUGCCCCCAGGUUGUCACCAAAGAAAUUCCCUUUAUUGACACUGAAUUGGCCAAAUUACGGAAAGAUUUUGCUAGGACGGCAAGAGAGUCCGAAACCAAAUAUGUGUGGAGGAUAUCCCUGUCAGGGGGGGACGGCAUCAUGUUAUCAGAAAAAGAAGCAGAGGGAUAUUGGGGCCCCGGCGUCUUCCUCACAACGGGCGACCGCUGAGCCCCAUGGUCUCUGACCCAGAGAGCCGCAUAUUGGGCGGGGGGGCUGAACCCAUUAGAGAGAGGGGAUCCUCUAGCUAUAGCAGGUUCUGCUGAUCAGUUAUUGGAAAAUGUACAGAAGGUGGCUUGCCUACAAAUGAUGCAUGAUCGGGAACUCAAACCCAGCCUAAGCUCCCCGAUGUUAUUGCCGGUAGAUCCCGAGCGAAUGACACCUCUGAUAAGAGGACUCCCCGACUCACUAAAACCUAUCGGG